CGGACUGCGAGCUCGUGAUGUUAGUACAAAUCAAAGUUGAACACCAUCAGUGAAAAAAAAGAAGCAACAGAGAUCUAUGAAAUACAAGGCUAUUGGAUACUUUAAUGACCGAGUGUGGGUUGUGCAAAACAAUUCUGGAUAGCUCUGCCAUUCGACAUCAGAGUUAGACAAACGUAAUUUCGGACAAUCGAAAAUGUUUGUUCUGCAUUCUCUGGUCUUGUUGCUCUUUCUUCACGGACAAACUUUCGCUGUGAAGGAUCUUUACAUUCUAGGAUUGUUCCCCAUGGAAGGUGAAUGGUAUGGCGGAAUACAAGCUCAACCAACCGCUGAGGUGGCUCUCGACUACAUUAACAAUGAUUCAAAUAUGCUUCCAGGAUAUCGACUCAAAGUGAUAUGGAACAACACAGAGUGUAAUCCAGGACUUGGGGUCAAGAUUCUCGGAGAUAAUAUUUGUAAUACUAAUAAUCUAACAUUCAUAAUGAUGCUUGGUCCUGGCUGUUCAGCUGUAAGUGAGGUUAUAGCAGAGUCAGCUAAAUUCUGGAAUCUUGUUCAGGUUAGUUACGCGUCCUCAUCACCAGCCAUGACGGAUAUGAACCGGUAUGCCUACUUUUUUCGACUUGUUAAUUCCGAGAUUUAUCGUAACUAUCCACGUGUUGGACUAAUCCAGCAGUUUAAUUGGACCAAAGUCACAACGAUAUACGAAACAAAACAAAUAUUUGGAAUGUUGAUGGAACAUAUUGAAACAGUCUUAUAUAAGUCAAACAUUGAAGUAAUCGGGAAGCACCCAUUCAGGGAAAGCCCCAAAGAGGCUGUUCAAAGAUUAAAGGCAAUGGAUGCAAGAAUUAUCAUUGGUGCCUUUUAUGAAAAAAAAGGUAGACAGGUGUUCUGUGAGGCCUUUAAAAUCAGAUUCAGUGGACCGAAGAUUGUUUGGGUGCUUGUAGACGUCUUCAAAGACAGUUGGUGGAAAGUCAAUGAUACCGACUGUACUUACAAUGAAAUAUUGUCGGUUGUCGGCAACUACUUCACCGUCUCUGAUUUCUAUACAGCUUUUGACACAGAGACGGAGAAGGAUGACAAUGGUAUCACACUACAACAGCUUCUGAUUGAUUUCUAUAAAAAGACUGGCAACAAAACCCCUCCGGAUCCUGAAUGGACGCAGGCUACAUAUGAUGCAGUAUGGGUUAUUGCCCACGCACUGAAUGCUACCAUGGCUGACCUUCAAAAUACAAGAUUUAGACUUGAAGAUUUCUCCUACACCAAUAGCUACAUGGGCGAAUUAAUCAAGAACAACACGAGCAAAGUUAAUUUCAAUUCGAUAUCGGGCCAUGUGUUUUUUGAUAAAAAUGGUGAUAUACAAAGACGGACCAAGAUUCAACAAUUUCAAGAUAAUAAAUUGGUGAGAAUCGCUUGGUAUGAUAAACAUAAAACCGGCUAUAAAUUCAUCUGGAAUAACUCUGCACCUAUAUUAUGGCUAAAAGGUACGGUGCCUAGGGAUUCGUUUAAAACAGACUUCGUUCCGAUUGCAUUAACAGAGGGACUGUAUGCCAUCAUGUGUGUGCUUUCUGCACUUGGGAUGCUUUUGGCAUUGAGUUUUCUGGUCUUCAACAUCAAAUUUAGAAACAGAAGAAUCAUCAAAAUGUCGUCACCUAACUUAAACAAUAUCACCUUGCUGGGAUGUAUAUUAGCAUACACAUAUGUGUUUGUAAAGGGAAUGGAUAUCAGGUCUCUACCAAUGUUAUGUCAGAUCAAAGGAUUUUUUCUUGUCAUUGCUUUCUCUUUGAUGUUUGGUGCAUUGCUUGCAAAGACAUGGCGUGUAUACAUCAUCUUCACGAAGGCGUAUUAUUUACGAAAGCGGGCACCUAAGGAUUUCCAGCUGUUUAUACACAUUGGUGCGAUCACUGGUAUUAAUGUGACCAUCAUGGUCUUGUGGGCAAUACUUUCUCCUAGAUACCCCAAGGAAAAGAAACUAUAUCAUUCAAAAGUGCUAGAUCCAGACAACGAUAGAGAGGUGGUCGAUAUUGUAUGGUACUGCGUAUCUGACUAUGAUGAACACUUCAGCUUCCUUGUUUUCGGCUUUCAAACCACCAUCCUGCUGUUUGGUGUCUUUUUGGCUUUUACCACCAGAAAGGUGAGCAUUCCAAUACUGAACGAUUCCAAAGCAAUUGGACUGUGUAUCUACAACGUGAUUGUGCUAUCAAUAGUAGGGGUACCGAUAUCAUUAGUACUGAAUGAGAAGUGUUCUCUUGAGUAUGGCCUUAUUUCUACUUUCAUCAUUCUUGGAACUACAGUUACCCAAUGUCUUAUAUUUGUUCCAAAGGUAAGAGUUAAAAUGUGUUGUAUUUUUUUAUAUAUCAGUCUUAACUCUUUAUUAUACUCCACACAAGUACUGAAGGGCUGCUUGCUUUCUCAUAGAAGGCCGUGUUUUAGGUAGCGUUGUGCAUCGCGAUCGAUUGGAAUUUUAUUAUUGAUCAUCAUUAAAUAGGCAAAGGAUUUUGAUCGGAUUGGUACGUCUUCGAAGAUGUCUAUUAAACCUGUGUUUUCCGAUUUGU